GAGCGGGGACUACUUAUCACAGAUACAACGCUUGUUUAUAAAAGAGUCUCUUAGAGCCGUUGAGUGACCUAUUCAAUUAGAACCAGUACUAAUCCAACCAAACAAGCAAGCAAUCAUCGUCUACAGAUCCACACCUUCCUCUGGAAAAAUCCAAAGUGAGAAAUAUAUAUUCCCCUUUCUUCCCCAAAUCUUCAAAUUCAAUAGUUCCAGAUCUUCAUCUCCAAAUCGACAACUCCUCUGUUCUUACAGAAGACACCACAGACAUACCCAGAUGGAUUGUUGCUUGGUUGUUCCAGUUGCGAUAUGGCGACGGAUAUCGUCGGGGUCGGGGUCGGGGUCGCGGCUUGGUUACCGUCCUUUGUCCGAAGAAGGAUUUGGGAACUCAGGGAGACCGGUGACUGUGAUUGUUGGGAAAGAGAAGAGGGAGUUCUUGGUGGACCCUUUUGUGUUGGAAGAAGACCCGUUUCGGAUCUUGCUGGAGACGAUGAGAACAGAGAGCAAAGAGAGAUGCUUUGAAACCCAAGAAGAGAAAGGAGUGAUUUUUGUGGAUGUUGAUGCGAUUUUGUUUGAACACAUGCUGUGGUUGAUGUACAAUGACUGCUCUUCUCUGUUCAACCUCAAUCUCAGGGAGAUCUUAGACUUCUAUGCUCAAGAUGCUUGAAAUGUUGAAUUAACAAGAACAA